CGUUGCGAACAAAGUCGUAUGAACCAAGAAUGAUCGAAUAAAGAGAUUGCGCUUUGCGCAGGUCCGUUACUCUUGUUUACAAAUCAGCUGUUCGAGUGUUGACGUCAUAAUAUAAAAUUUUUGGUGGGAAGCGUAUUGGUUUGCGAGGAAAACGUAUUGAUGUGUGAUAUUUUUGUUAAAGUUAUAAAAUAAAAACUUUGUAAAAUGAAGUGCGCAGUUGCGAAAUGUGGAAAAACGGCGGCAGAGUGCAGUUUGUUUACUUUUCCUUCAGAUCCAGAACUUAGGAAAAAGUGGAUCCAGUUCUGCCGGCAAAGCAAGGAUUUCCAAUUUAAAACUUGCUAUAUUUGCAUGCAUCACUUUGCAAGUGAAGAUUUUGAAAAUAGUCUGCAGUUCGAAACGGGUUAUGCAAAAAGAAGAUUGUUGAAACGAGGCUCCGUGCCAUCAAUUUACAAGCCCGGUGAUGAAAACCCGGAGCGUUCGCAAAGAGUUCAUCGUCGUCAAAACAAAAAAAUUGUUUCUGAACUUCUUCAUCAAAGUGAUGCUUCUGUAUCACAAGAAGUUGAAUGUAUUUGCGUUGAAGCGGUCGAGGAUGCUGGUAAAGAUACCAACCUUUCGCAGGCGUUUGAGGAGGAGAAUGAGGAAAAUUGUGCUCUUGCAGCCAAUAGUAUUGCUGAUGCAUCAGCGUUACAAAUCAGCCUUGCAAAUCGGUCCUUUUCAGUACAAGAAAUGGAAGAUUUGCAAGCAAAAUGUGAAGCGUUACAAAAAGAAAAAGCAUCUCUUCGAAAAGAGAACAAAAAGCUCCGAAGUGAAGUCACGGCACUAAAGCGAAGUCAUUGGUUGAAGGACAAGAAGCACGAUUACAACAUGAAUGAGGCAAAAAAGCGUGUGCGGAUAGCGGAACAUUCCUGCAAAAAUAUGGAAGAAAAGUUGGAAGGGAUUUUUACAAAAGGCCAAAUAGCGAAGUUGAAGAAUGGCGUUAAAAGACCACUUUGGAGCGAGAAAGAUAUAGCCCAAUCGAUUACUCUGUACGCUGCUGGUGCGAAAUCGUACAAGCUUAUGUACAGAAGGGCUUUCCGCUUCCUGGAGUCAGAACAUUGCAGACAUGGUCAAAAAAAAUUGAUGUUUCCCGAGGAUUGUUAGAGCCAGUAUUCAAAUUAAUGGCAGCAUGUACGCAUAUGACUGAAACUGUCUGUGUUGUGCUUCGAUGAAAUGAAAAUAAGAAAGACGUACUGCUAUGAUGCUUCAUCUGAUUCGACGCUAGCUCCAGCCAGUUAUGUUCAAGUAGCGAUGCUAAGAGGCUUAGUAUCCAACUGGAAACAGCCAAUUUUUUAUGACUACGACUGCAGGAUGACCAAUCACAUAUUACAAAGCAUUUUGCGAACGACGAAAAAAUGUGGCUACAAUGUUCUCGCUGUUGUAUGUGAUCUCGGAGGCAGCAAUAGAGCUUUGUUCAACGACUUGGGUGUGCACAAAGAUAAUCCGUGCUUUACCUUCGAAGACGAAGAAAUUUUUGUGUUCGCGGACGUUCCGCAUUUAAUUAAACUAGCCAUUUCGUUGACCACGGAUAUGUCAUUGAUGGGAAAAUAGUCAAAAAGGACAUAAUAUUAGAGCUGAUGUCAUGCACCUCAAAAGACCUAAGCAUCACACAUAAGAUCACCGCUAGCCAUCUCAACGUAUCUGGACCGCAUAGGCAAAAAGUCAAAACGGCCACAAAGCUGUUUUCGCAUACGAUAGCGCAAGCAAUCACAAGAGCUGCAAGCUUGGGGCACUUGAGUGGGCAUAAUUGGCAGGAGUGCUUCCAAUUGUUUAAAAAGACGAAUGAUUGGUUUGACGUGAUGAACGUCAGGGUGCCUCAUGCUGAUUCUAGGGUGCGGCGUCACGGGUAUGGUCUUGCAGUCGAUGUUCAAAACCAAAUAUUGGACGAAAUGUAAGAACUGGUGGGGAAUAUGAGAGUCGUUGGAAAAAAUGCGCUAUUACCGUUUCAAAAUGGAAUUAUACAAUCAAAUAAAGCCGUAAAAUUGUUGCUUGCCAGCCUUCAACGACGAUUCGGUGUCAAGUACAUUCUGACGUAUCAUUUAAACCAGGAUGUACUUGAAAACUUCUUUGGAGUUAUACGCGCUAAAGGUGGUUUGCACGACCACCCUGACCAGCAGGAAUUUAAAUAUCCGCUCAGAAAAUACAUUCUUGGGCGCAAUGAGGGCGCAAUUUCUACGGCAGGAAAUGUCGAGGUUGAUGAUACCCCAGAUUUAGAACCAUCUCAGCCUACUCUUACAGGUACGAUAUUGCGACCCAUGAAACUUCCAUUGGAAGAAAUUGAACCAAAGGAGUUUGAUGAUCUAGAAUAUGACGGUCUAGAAAAUGUAGCCGGAUAUAUAUGUCACAGACUACGUGAUGAAAUUCAUACCUCGUCCUUCAAAACUAGCGAGGACCCAUCACUCUCAUGGGCGAACCACUUAAGUGAGGGUGGUUUAUCACUUCCAAGCGCAAGUAUGAUGGAGUGCAUGUCACAACUUGAGUCAAUAUUUGUAGCAGUUAAUGGAGAGACACUACUCAUUAGUAAUAAUUUUAUAAAAGAACUCAUAGACCAAGCAUCUGAUAUUGAAUGUGACAUAAAAAUUAAAAAAAUAUUUUUCAGAACACGAAUGUUUGCUAAAAUACGAAAACUCAACCAAGAAAUUAUUGAA